CGAAAAGAUAAACGAAAAGGUUGUUAACUAGAAUCAACGUCCAGUGGCAGGAAAGGAGGAACUUCAAACGGCGUCGUUGGCUGUCCCAAUUCACGUUCAGGGUUAGGGUUAGUGGUGUAAUGCGUGAUCUGGGACGAUGAAGCUGUUGGAGGAGUUGAACCCAUCUCAGAGAGUAGCAUUGGGAGGUCUAUUGGUGAUCCUGUUGCCAUGUUUCUUCCCCACUCUCUUCACUCCCUUGGGCCGUGCUUCCCCGUCCAUUUUCUCCGAAUGGAAUGCUCCAAAACCUAGGCAUUUACAGCUACUGAAGGGCGCCUUGCAACUCCAAACUCCUGAUAGGCAACAAGCCAAUCUCUGGUCUCCAUUAGCUAACCAAGGAUGGAAACCCUGUGUUGACUCUGCAGACACCCCUUUGUUGCCAAAGAAAUCUCAGGGGUAUGUCCAAGUAUUUCUUGAUGGAGGGUUAAACCAGCAGAGAAUGGGGAUCUGUGAUGCAGUUGCUGUUGCAAAGAUUUUGAAUGCAACCCUUGUGAUCCCUCACCUUGAAGUGAAUCCUGUUUGGCAAGAUUCAAGUUCAUUCGCAGAAAUAUUUGAUAUUGAUCAUUUUAUUAAUGUCCUGAAAGAUGACAUUUUUAUAGCUAAAGAGUUGCCUAGCAAAUAUUCUUGGAGCACAAGGGAGUAUUACGCAACCGGCAUACGGGCUACUAGAAUUAAAACUGCACCUAUUCAUGCUUCAGCUAUUUGGUAUCUGGAAAAUGUCUUACCUGUAUUGCAGAGUUAUGGAAUUGCUGCUCUUGCCCCAUUCUCUCAUCGUUUGGCUUUUGACAACUUACCUGCGUACAUCCAACGCUUACGCUGCAAAGUUAAUUUCAAAGCACUAGUUUUUGUUCCUCAUAUCAAAGCAUUGGGAGAGGCCCUUGUCAAUCACAUCCGAUAUCUGCCUAUUGAAAGCAGAGCAGGAGGGACUGAGUACCUGCAGGAUAGAACAGAUGAGAUUAACCACAAGCAAGGGGCUGGGAAGUUUGUUGUGUUACAUCUUCGCUUUGAUAAAGAUAUGGCUGCUCAUUCAGCCUGUGAUUUUGGUGGAGGUAAAGCUGAAAAAAUGGCUCUUGCAAAAUACCGUCAAGUGAUUUGGCAGGGAAGGGUCCUAAAAUCUCAGUUCACAGAUGAGGAAUUGAGAAAUCAAGGGCGCUGCCCAUUGACUCCUGAAGAGAUUGGAUUGCUUCUAGCAGCUUUGGGCUUCAGUAACACUACCCGUCUCUAUCUUGCUUCCCACAAGGUUUAUGGUGGAGAGGCUAGGAUCUCAACUUUGCGCAAAUUGUUUCCCUUAAUGGAAGAUAAAAAGAGCCUUGCUUCUGCAGAGGAACUGGCGAAGGUUGAAGGGAAGGCUUCUUUAUUGGCUGCAGUUGAUUAUUAUGUGAGCAUGCACAGUGACAUCUUCAUCUCUGCUUCUCCGGGCAAUAUGCACAAUGCGUUGUGAUAAGAGUUAGUUUUCAUGGAACGGGAGGGAGGUCAAGUCUUAUUAUACCAGAAACUUCUUCAAGGGAGGUUUUCAUUAUCCUGACAACUGUGCAAUUUGCCCUAAUGGAUUAUGGCAGAAUAAGAAAGAUCCAUAUUUUAGCAGUCACAUUCUAAACUGAGAUGAAAUGAUAUCUUGAUACAUAUUACCAGGUGGGACACCGAGCUUACAAGAACUUGAAGACUAUAAGACCGAACAUGGCAUUGUUGGGCCAGCUCUUCCUGAAUAAGAGCAUUGAAUGGUCAGAAUUUCAGCAGGCAGUUCUGAAUGGGCAUAAAAGUAGACAAGGGCAAAUCAGGUUUAGAAAGGAGAAUCAAUCCAUAUAUACAUAUCCUAUUACUGAUUGCAUGUGUCAAGCUUAACUGUAAGAUCUGUUGAAGGUUGUAAUAAUUAAAGGAAUACUAUUCUUUUGUCUUUUCUAUAGUUGAUACUCUUGUAUUUUGCCUUUCCUGAUAUUCUGGGAAUGGGUCAUGUUCUGGAGGUUGCUGCAGUUAAAAGCUUACCUUAGUGCUCAAUGCAGCAUCCAACUCAUUGUUAUCUCAGUCGCUAUGAUUGUGAUGGAGCUGCUUUUGUGCCCUCCGUGAUUCUCUGA